UUAGAAAUUGGUUGAAAAGUAUGGCUUACAGUGGCAACCAUUUUUUCUAAGGUUGCUAUUCCAAUAUAAUUUACCUGCAUUAAUCUUCCACACACAAAAUAUCGGUAUACAGCUUGUAUAGUAGUGUAAAAAACACACAUACAUAAAAAAACAACAGAAAUAUCUCAAUGAGUUAUAUCGUAAUUGAGUGUAACAUCUGAACAUGUUCAUAUUAAACAUGUCCGUGACAUUUCUGUGUUGUACGAAUUCAUAUGGAAAAUAUUUUAUAACGAAGUAAUUUUCUUAUAAAUAAGUGUCAAACUUAUUAACAAAAUUAUUAAUUUUCUUUGAAAAUAUAUAUAUUCGAUAAUUAGAUUUUCUUUUAAUUCGCACACUGAUAUCAUUCGUUAAAUUAUAUGACUGAAUCACUAAAUUGUGUGUAAUUUUCUGCUAUGCAUGAUUUUAUGUGACGCUCUAAGUGAUACUCUUUGCAAUGUAUUACAAUUAAAUAGUAAUUAAGAUUACUCGUUGGUACAAUAGUACAAUUACAAUAAAAAACAAUGGCUGGUACCUUUGAUCAAUAUGAUAAAUCCAGUUGGUACUUCGGUGCUAUGUCACGCCAGGAUGCUUCUGAUUUAUUAAUGGGAGAAAAAGAAGGUGGUGUUUUUUUAGUACGUGAUAGUACAUCUAUCCAUGGAGACUUUGUCCUUUGCGUUCGAGAAGAUAGUAAAGUUAGUCAUUAUAUAAUUAAUAAGAUACCACAGGGUGAUCAAAUAUGUUAUCGAAUUGGUGAUCAAAUGUUUCCUGAUAUUCCACAUCUUUUGGCAUUUUAUAAACUCCAUUACCUUGAUACAACACCAUUGAUUAGACCUGCACCGAAAAAAACUCAAAAAGUAAUUGCAAAAUAUGAUUUUGAGGGUAAUGAUCCAGAUGAUUUGCCAUUUAGAAAAGGAGAAAUUCUUACUGUGAUCUCAAAAGAUGAAGAGCAGUGGUGGACAGCCAGGAACAGUGUAGGUCAAACUGGAUCUGUCCCAGUUCCUUAUGUGCAAAAAUAUGAAGAGGACAGUCAUGCUAGUAUCGAAAAUAAUACACGAUUGGAAACAGGUGGCAACACUUCUGCAUCUAAUUCUAAUUCAAUUCCUCCUUCUUUAUCACACGUAUCUCAUUCAGAAACAGGAUCAGGUACUGCUACACGUAGAUCAAAUAUUCAGAGAACAUUACCUGCUUUUGCAAAAGUGAAACAAGCAAGAGUACCGAAUGCAUAUGAUAAAACAGCUCUAAAAUUAGAAGUAGGUGACAUGAUAAAGGUAACAAAAACAAAUAUAAAUGGCCAAUGGGAAGGUGAAUUGCAUGGCAAAGUAGGUCAUUUUCCAUUUACACAUGUAGAAUUUGUAGAUAAUGAAACUGGUGAAGACAAUCAAGAAAUUUAACAGAAAUCUUCCAAAAAUAAUGUACAGAACGUGUGAUCAAUGAAGACCAUUUUAUCACCUCAAUUUACUAGUAUUGCAGCUAUUUUAUGUACCAAUACAGAGAUUUACACUUCUAUGAUCAUAAAAACAACAUUAAUUUUUUUUAAGUUGAAAACAUGUGUGUGUGUGCGUGCGUGCGUGCGUGCGUGCGUGUGUGUGUGUGUGUGUGUGUGUACGUGAGCGCGCGUUUGUGUGUGUAUGUAUAUUUGUAAGAGAAAAAAAUGGAAUCACGAAGAAUAAAAUACACAUUAAAACAAUCUAUUAAUUGAUAAAAAUUAAACUUAUAUAUGCUUCAUAUCUGUAUAAAUGGAUAUGCUUUCUAUUAAAUUAAAACUUUCAUCUUUCAAAGUUAGUUUGUAGAGUGUAAGUUCAUUGAAGCACAAAAAAAAUACCAUUUAAACUCAAUACAUGAAUACAAUUUCACAUAUACAUAUGUAUAUCUACACAUACAUUUAUCUACACAUACAUUUACAUGUGCUCUUAAAAGAUAUUCAAGUAAUAGCCUGAUGCUGGCCUGUAAUAAAUAAAAAGAAUUGUUUAUAUAAGUUAUGGAAAGAGUUUACAGUAAGAUUAUAUCUACUGUUGGAUAAAAAACAGCUUACAUAUUAAAUUCAUAAUUAAAGUAUAUUAUUGAAUCAUAUUAUAUUGUUUUUUAGACUGGUUUAUAUGAAAUAAAAUGUAUCUAUAUUACUAAGUUAUACUUCUCUUAUGUUAAUAUCUAAGUUUUUCCAUGAAUGAUUACAUUUAAUGUAUAGAAGUAUUUUCUAGUCGUUUGAUGACUAUUGUAGAGCUAUUUUGCAGAAAUAUUUUAUUAUUCUAUUAAAUCCUAUUAACGUGAAUCACAAUCAAAUAUUUAAACAAAAUUAAUAUACAUAGUAUAAAAUGAACUUUUGACAAAAACUGGAAAUUAAUAUCAGCAUUAUACGAUUUUUUCUUAUGAUAUUUAAAAGAAUGUUAAAAAGAAUAGAAUUUAUGUAUAAAUAAUAUUAUGUAUAGAUAAUAGAAGAUUUUUUAUUAUAUACUUUAUGCGCUCAAUUGUUUAAUUAUAAAAGUUUAUUUAGAGGCAUCCAAAAUAUCUUUGUGUUGGUACAUGCAUUGUACACUGCUUACUAUUAGUCAUAGAUCGUGUUCUCAAAAAAUGAUACACUAAUAAAAAAUGUAUUUAAUGAUGGAAACAUGAAUUGCAUUACAAAUUGCAUUAUAUAUAUAUAUAUUAUAUAUAAAAUCUUUUAUAUGUGAAUUUGUGUAGGUCUUUAUGUUAUUACUGUAAUAUUUGCUUUUGAUAUAUCUCAAAACUUAAAAGUUCCUAGUUAUAAAAAGUAUGAUUUACUUUUAAAGAUUGCAACAAUUUAUACUGUAAAAUAUGCACAACAUAUUAUAUAAAAUUUUUUUUCUUAAAAGCAUUUGAUAUUUCCAUCAUCAUACAAUAAGUAAACAUGUUCUUCCUAAAAACAUUUACAGUAUUAAAAAAUAAAUAAUAUUGCAAAUAUAUUAUAUCUACACGCGAAAUUUAUGUGUAUGAGAACAUUUUGAGCACAAAAAAAAAAGAAAAAAAAAUCGAUUCGAUGAUAUUGUAUUUAUCGUAUUUCAAGGGAACAUUUCUAAUAGCAUUUUACUUUACGUGGCAUUAUAAUGUAGACAACAUUUUUAUUUCGAAUUAAAUAAAACUUUCACCCACUUUGCUGUAAGUAGAAAAAAAAGGGGCAUGCGAAUCGAAAUUCCUGUGGUAUUAUUCACACGAACUACCGCCUAUAAUGCGGAAAUUAUUGUUACCGAGAAAUAUGCGUUUAUAUAUGGUAUGAAUGGGCGUAUGAAUGCGUCAACAUAGACUCUACAGCUGGAUACUGAGGAGCCUCGCUUAAUAUUAAUAUAACAUCAGAUAAUCUACUAUAACAUAUAUUAAUUGUGUAUAUAUAUAUAUAUAUAUAUAUAUAUAUAUAUAUAUAUAUAUUUUAUAUUAAUUUAGUUUAAUUAAGUACUAAAAAUUAGUAACUAAAUCAGGACGCACUGAGCACUUUUUUCAGGCAGCAUCAUGAUCAUAAAAAUAUAAAUGUAUAAAUUGAAAUAAGUAAAAUGUGCCAUUGUGUACAAAUUUUAUUUUUAAUCAUCAUAAUUUUAAUAUAACACGGUGCUUAACGUGUAUUUUCGUUUUAAGUUAUUAUACAUACAUAUAUACAUGUUAACAUUUAUGUUUUUAAACACCCUUGUGUGUCCAAAAAUAUAUCUAUAUAUAUAUAUAUAGAUUAUAUAAUUUUACAAUUUAAAGAUUUUUCAUAGAGUUCUUCUGUUUUUCUAAGAUUAUCUCAUAUUGCAUUAUUAAUUACAGUAAUCAAUUUAUGCAAAACUUCGUUUAUAAAUGAUGAUCUAUAUCUAGUAACCGAUGACCUAGAUAAAACAAUUGAGAUAUGAUAAGAUAUAAUAAUGUAUAUUUUUCUAAACGUGCACAAACAUAUUUAAUUUUUGUUCGUAAUAAAUUAAAUUUUUAUUAGCAAACGAAUGUACUGAUAGAUUAAUGCUGUAUGAGGUAGGUAAGUAAUAGCGCAAUAACAUAAAAUUUAUAAUGUAUUAUUCCAUCAUUGCAUAUAUCAAUAAAUGACAGUUACAUCAGACAAUAAAA